UCCCCACUCCCCUGCGCCCGUUCGCAGUUCGCGUUCGCACUUCGCUCUCCGCCAUUUUAAAAUUGGAAAGAUUAUUGACGGAAAGCUUUUUACACAACUAGUUUCGGAGAAUUUAUUAUCGAUUAACUGUGAUUCUUUGACAUUACUUGUGACCCGUCUCGAAUAAGUGGGUCUAACAAUGUCUCACCGUGACUGGGACCUCACCUGCAAAGUCUACGUUGGAAAUCUUGGCAGCAGUGCCUCGAAACAUGAGCUAGAAUCAGCUUUCACCAAGUACGGACCUUUGCGUAAUGUCUGGGUAGCUAGGAAUCCUCCUGGUUUUGCUUUCAUUGAAUUUGAAGACCCACGAGAUGCUGAAGAUGCUGUUAGAGGACUUGACGGAACGAGGAUGUGUGGCACUCGUGUCAGAGUUGAAAUGUCCAAUGGUAGAAGCCGCAGCCGUGGUGGAGCUGGAGGGGGCAGCCGCCGGUUGGGAAGGUCACGCUCCCGCUCUCCUCGUCGUCGCUCGUUGAGUCGCUCUCGAUCCCGAAGCCGUUCACGUCGAUCACGCUCUGGAUCUCGCGACCGCCGGUAUUAACAAUCUCACGCUGGAUGUGUUCCUUUUUGUUUCUUGUUAAGUGAUGCAAUGUGACCACUUCUCAGCGGUCACUGUCUACCAAUUUUAUUGAACGCUGUUUCUUGUUGUGUUGAGAACUUAAUUAACAUGUAGGAGAAGUUGUAUUCUGACAUGAAUACAGAGAAAUAUAGCAAGAAAUGUUAUUAUUGAAAGACAGAUUUGGAGGGGAACAUCAUAACUUUACUUACAACUAAGUUAAUCUUACCAUAUUUUUUACUUUUUUCUUCUUCAUUUUCCUCAUUUAUCCUAUAAUAUUACAGCUACCAUUCCUAUGUAUUCUGUUUUUCUUUUUUUAAUUAUUAUUUAAAAGCAUAUGUGUCUUUUAGAAUUAAACAAAACGCCAUGUGUUUGUUGCAUGAUUCCACUUUCAUCAUUUUUAAAAUUAAAUUAUACUGUAAUUUCAAGUUAAAGGGAAACAACACAUUUCAAAUGUGGCUUUGACACAUUGCACUGAAAUGUCUGGCCUGGUUGUUGACAAAUUUGCUGACUGCUUUAUGAUAAGCUGUUUGAGAGUUUACAACUUGAUCCAUAUUACACUUUUUUCUCAUAGUAGUUUGUGGUAGUUUUUUUCUCAUAUUUAUUAGUAGUGUAGUCAAGAUGUUUGAUCAUUAAAAUUGAUGAAUGAAAUUUGCAUGUGUGCUCUGGAAUGUUUGAUCGGGUUUGAAUCUUGGAUCAACCUACUAAUUUGGCUUUAGUUCUGAGUUGUGUAAAGGAGUAUUGUUCAGAGAAAAAUAAAUGAAAGUACUAGGUUUUAU